GCUAAUUUGUCGUCACUUCCGCUUUUUGCUCCGAGCCAUCGCCGAUAUCAACCCUUUGCUUCCGGUGAUGCCUCCUUUUCGGCAGCGGCUAUUUCCUCGCCAACAUGCCACUCGCGAAAGACUUGUUGCACCCAUCUCCCGAGGAGGAAAAGAGGAGGCACAAGAAGAAACGUCUCGUCCAGAGUCCCAACUCCUACUUCAUGGAUGUGAAAUGUCCAGGAUGCUACAAGAUCACGACGGUGUUCAGCCACGCUCAGACAGUGGUGCUGUGCGUUGGCUGCUCCACAGUCCUGUGUCAGCCCACUGGCGGCAAAGCACGUCUCACAGAGGGGUGCUCAUUCAGGAGGAAGCAGCACUAGUUGUUGUCCUAGAAGCUGAAGGGGGAGAGGGGAAUGGACCGGUUGAUAUCAGCGUCUCCUGCCUUUGAGACGACGGCAGAGCCUGCGGUCAGAUUUGAAACGAGACCGGUUGACUCAACUGGACAUGAACUGUUCAUGUUAGACUGGUUGUUGCUGUAACUCCACCCUCCAACCCCGUCUCUCUAAAUAAAAUGUUUUGGUUAAAGAAA